CUCUUUGACCCCACUAGAUAGAGUCCACAACGUCACGACUGAGGGAGGGAAAACGAUCAGAUGCUGCGAUUGUUUUAAUAAUUCGUAGGAAAUCAUAAUUUUCGCAGUUCUUUAAUGAUCGCAGAGACAAAGAGGAUAAGCCCAAGGUUGUGUUCUACCCCCAGAGAAAGCCAUGGACAGUGAGGUGCAGCGUGACGGCCGCCUGCUGGACAUAGUUGACCAGGACUGGCGAGAUGACCAGCUGCCCAUGGACGACAUCGACGUGCCACAGAUGGAGCUACCUGACCCAGAGCAGGAACAGGACAACGGAGGCCCAACUGAAUCGCUGAAGGAACAGGAGCAGAAGUGGACAGACCUCGCCCUGCAACUGCUACACGAGAACCCCUCCACCAACAACACGGAAAACCCGUCUCGUUAACUUUGGACAAUUAGCCUGUUCCUUAUAGUUUUUCUUGUGCAAUCUUGCAUGUUUUUUUGUUGUAUAAGUACAACAACUUUUCUAUUAACCUCUUGGAAUCCCAUUGCUGUGUAUAUGUAGCUGACAGUUUCUGAAAUACAGCAUUGUGUGUUCUCCAUAUUUUAAAAGAGACUGUCAACAUUCUGCAGAC